GGUGCGCCGGGGUCCUGUCCGCCCGCCGCCGGCCUUUGGCGGGGGCGAGCUGCUAGCUGCCCGGCCUCCCGCCCCCGCCGCACCGCAGCCCUCCGCGCGGGGCACGGGCUGGGCGGCUCCCGGGGGCGCCGGGCGGGGCUCUGGCUGCCCCGCGCCUGUGAGGCGGCGGGACCCCGCGGCAGGCACCGCGCACUCCCGCCGGCGGGGCGGCUCCGCCGCCGUUGCCUGGCAGCGGCGGGCCCGGCCUUCCCCUCCGCGCCGCCCGGGGAUGAGGGCCGCCGACUGGUGCCUGAGCUCGGCGGGGGCUGCCCUGCUCCUGGCCACCUCCAGCGACGAGCAGCACCCCGCCGGCAGCGUCCUGGACGGAAGUUCAGAAACGUUUUGGACGACGACAGGCAUGUUCCCACAGGAAUUCAUUGUUGGUUUUCCUAAAUGUGUAAAAAUCAGCAAAGUCACGAUCCAGUGUUACUUGGUGCGGACCUUAAGGAUUGAAAGAAGCAUAUCUGAAGACCCAGUAGAUUUUGAACAGUGCAUUGAAAAAGAUUUGCAACACACAGAAGGACAGCUUCAAAUGGAAGAAUUUCCACUUCCUGAUUGCCAAGCCACUUACUUGCGUUUCAUUAUCAAAUCAGCCUUUGAUCAUUUUGUGUCAGUGCACCGGGUGAUGGCAGAGGGCACAGCAGAAAACACUUAAGUUCCACUUAAAUUUGUACAUCAGGUUUUUUUUAUAAGGAAGUUACAUUUUUUUAUCUGUAGUGCAGAGAAUAUUUAUUAUUAAAACCUUGUAUUAAAGUGUGUUUUGAAGGUA